CACUGUACAACACUUGAAAAGCUGUUACUAUUUUUUGUUUUUUGACAAAUUCAUUUAUAAUAAGAGCAGAAUAUAAUGUAUAGCACUUGAAAAAAAUAAAAUAAAAAUCAUGGAAAAACUACGUAACAACAGCACUGCCAGCGGGCAGCCGGCGGAGCAUCAUCAUCAUCAUCAUCACCAUCACCAUCAACACCAUCAUCAACUCGAGCAAUACCCGAAGAAUCCCAUUGAACAAUAUCUUCGCGCCUCAACAAAAAUUAAAAAAAUCGAACGUGUUGUUUUCUUCAAACGCUUUGCGCCCAAUGUGGCGGAUGUGCAGGCCGAUUUCCAGCGUCUGGCCUACAGUUUUGAGGAAUCGGGCAUCAUGCAAUAUGCGGCAAUGUGUCACAUUGGUUUCGCCAAAUGCGAGUCAUACGGCGGAACAGCGCAACGUGAGGCCGAGGCUUAUGUGCGGGGUGCACGCGCCUUUCUUCUAGCACACAACGAAUUUCGCCAGCUGCACUUGCGCAGCGGCCACAACGGCUUCCGUGAGGGCGCCCUGCAUUGCUACAACAAGGCCGCUGAACGUGUCGCCGAUAGCGGCGUCUUCAAGGCAGCCGUGCUGCGUGAACUGAAGCAUCUGAAGCGUAAGCUGGAGCGCACCAGCAGCUUUGCCUCGCCCACACAUCAAAUCAACGAUCUAGAAAUAAGCGCCGAGAUGAGCAUGCAGCGCGAGGAUUAUCGCGGCGCCCUACUCCAAUUAGAUGAUAUUGUCGACAAUAUUUAUGAGCGCCGCAAGCCACUAAUGUACGGCGAACUGUUGCGUCGCGUGGAGGUGCUACGCCUGCUGUUGCUGGUGCAUCUAAAUUUGCCGCCUUCACGCCAAUCGCCUGCACACAUUAAAUUAAUUGAAUACUAUUAUACACUGGCCCAGUACGAGCCGCCGCAAUUGGGAUCAGCUUGCCUAAGCCAUACUAAUGAGCCGGUCGAGAGGCCCGGCGCUUCUGUGCCAAUCCAGCAACAAUAUGGCCUAGCCGAAAUCAUUUGCGCCUGGGUCGAGCGCAACAUGUGCGAUCUGAAGCAUUUGCUACGUGAUUUUGGUGCCGAGAAUAUCUCGAUUAGCCAACAGGAGCGCCAGCUGCUCAAAACCAUAUAUUCCGAAUUAUCAAAGAUCUACUAGAGCAGCUCGAUCCGGAGCUCUCUAUUAACAAACAAAUCAAAAUAAAAAACAAAACAAAACAAAAAACUCUGUACAAUUGUAGCAUAUUUUUAGCAUACGGAAUAUCGCUUAAGUGUAAACAAGUCUACCAACUAACCUUUCAACGUGCCUACACGAUGCAACUCACAAGCGAAAUAUACGCAGACGCAUACGCAUUUAAGCAUAUGUAUAACUAUAGAAUUAUAAUUAUUAAUUAUAACGUAUGUAUGAAGCUCUCAAGUACAAUAAAAACGAAAAACUGGACACAAUAAAA